GUCCAGGCUUGGGAAACGAAAACAGAUCGGGUCCCCAUCCGACGACGACGACAAUCAGGAUCGUGUUUUGUAGGAUGAGCACUUUGCUGCGCACUAAUUUAGAAGCUCCAUGCUGUAACGGCUUGUGCUUUUCAAGCAAAUCAGGAUGAUGGCGAGGCUUUCCCUCUUCAAGACGACCAGCAGCAUGAUCAGCAGCACGGAAGAGUUCGUCUGCCCGAUUUGCCUGGAGAUUUUUCAGAAGCCCGUGACGAUCAGCUGCGGCCACACGUUCUGCAGCACCUGUUUGGCCCAGUGCAAGCAAGAUGACCCCAAGUGCCCACUCUGCCGUUCCAUUUUUGACCCGAGCAAAACAGUUCGGGCCAAGGACCUUGCCAAAAACAUUUCCUCGCUCAAAGCACCCUGUUCUGGCUGCCGAAAGGUGGUGCCGCUGUCCAAGCUACGUGCCCACAAUCGCACCUGCACCGACCAAGUGGAGGGAGCGACAGCCGCUUGGCCGCCCGUCUACCGACCACCCAACGGAGUGUCGGGGCGCGAUCCUUCCAACCAGGAGAACCGGCUCACCUUCCCCUGUCCUUACUGCGAGACUGACAACCUUGAUCUGGUUGCCCUGAGGGACCACUGCAAUGCUGACCACAACAACAGCUCACAGUCGGUGGUGUGUCCUGUGUGCGCGUCCAUGCCGUGGGGAAACCCGCAUCAAAAAUCCAUCAAUUUCCUCAGUCACCUCAACCUCAGGCAUCGCUUCGAGUAUGACAGUUACGUGGAUUACGGCAUUGACGACGACGACGCACUCCAACAAGCCCUGGAAGCUUCUCUCAAGGAGAAGUAAAGCCAAAGUUCAGAGUGCAAGUCAAGAAAGGCACAUGUUUGCACGUGAUUUUGUAAAAGCCACAGUCAACAUUGUGUAAGCCUUUCUUUGAUUGAAUAAAUGUGUGGGGAGUCUCACCUUUCUUGGGGAAUGCAGAGCGGCGUACGGAAAGCAUAGAGAUAUAUAUAUCUCGGAGGUAAAGGCAGCACACUUAAAUGAGAGCUCAAUUGGUCCAAAUUUUGAGACAUGGGUCUCGAUAAAGCAGCAAGUUCCUUAUGCCGUACUCUUUUUAGUCAAAAGAAGCUGAAAGGACUGCUUAACAUUUUAACUUUUUAGUACUAUAUCCUUAUUUUGAGCAUGGGCCUCAAUGGUGCCGCCAGCUGAGAAUUUUACAAUUCUAACUUUUUAUGUUUUAUCUGCUCAAAUUUGUACGAGCAGUCGAGAAUAUACCUAAAUAUAUAUAUUGUUGUUUUGCAUAGGUUUACACAGCAUAUAUAAGCCUUUGUACACAUCUGUAUGUUGCAGCCAAGUUGAAGUUUCUGGUUGUGUUGACAGUAGCCGGGAGUUAAUUGGGAGACUGGCCAGGUUUCACUGUUCCCCACAACCUCAAAGGUUUUGAACGGCUGUUCCUCACAUUCAAAAAGGAUGGUCAUGGGCGGCCUGUGCAAUCUUUCAUAUAAUUUUAAUUCAGUUGCAGCAGUGGCCAACUGCUGAUGUAGUUGAGAGCAGAAUAUUUAAGCACCUUUAUGCAAACUCCUUUCACUGCUGUGUUUUGUAAUAUGUUAGCCUCUCUAACAUGCUGGGUUCUUAAACUGUGUCGGAUGCCUGAUUGAGCAUGUUUUGGCAGACUUCGCUGGUUGUUGUGGCAUGUAGUAAACCACAGUCUAGUGCCAUGUUUAAACAAGCUGCAGGUUCUGUCCGACUUUAUUUCUGACCCUCUAACCAUCUGCAGAAAAUGAUUAUGCAUACCUUUGAUAAUACUCGCGCCUAUCAUGCACAGGUUCAUUCGCAGGAUAAAAACUGGCCACUUGACAAGAUGUGCAAGUGUGUGUUGUUCAUUCUGGCAGAAAUCUGUAGUCCUAAACAAAUCUUCACAAAAAAAAAAAAGCAUUGGAUUUUUUUAUUGCUCUGAGAGAGAAAACUGUUUGUACCAAAAGCAGUAGUGCUUAGAAGAAACUAUGCUUGACUGCUCUUGGACCCUGGUGGGCUUUAUUGACAAUUGGCUCAAUCGUAUGUGCUUUUAAUGAAGGCAGAAGUGUGGUUGGUUUGUUACAAGCAGUCAUAAUCUGUCUGUGCUCGUUGCUUGUGAGGGAAGCUGGUAUACUGUGUCGGGAUAUCCUUUUGCCCACAGUUCUUUCCAUUUGCUGAGGGACUAGUCUGUGUGAGGUUCUUGGGCAGCAAGGUAAUGUACAUUGAAAUGCAGCAAGACUCAAGUGCACUGCACCAGUUCUGUUUGGGGCAGUGCAUGCAGUCUUUGGGCUGUUGCGGCUAGGGCUUGUGCAUUCCACUUUUUUUUUCUAGCAGCAUGAGUACUUUGAGCCUGUCUGAUUUCACAUUUUGUGUUAGCAAAGGCAGCACUGUCAGAAAGGUCUUGGAUCAAUGUUGUCACAAUGGGUGCCGUAGGAAGUGUAAUGGUUGGAGCCCCGGUAGUCGCAGCGUACUUAAGACGGUAGCAGGAAAUAUGCAGCAGAGGUUUGUUGUGCCAUCAACUUGGUGAAACCAAGCACCUUACUUGGCAGUGUUUUGAGUGCCCCAUACUUUGAGGUUAUUUAUACUACUGCGCAAUUUCCUUAACUGCUUAUGUUCACUAGCUUGAAGGGUCUGCUGCUUUUUGUAGUUCGCAAUGGCGGUGGUGCAAACCAGGACACUAUGGUAUUUAGCAGGCUCUUCCAUAAUGGAUAAUGUGGCAAAUCAAGUGCAAAGAAACCUGUUGCCAGCUCCAUUCCACCCAUCCAGGGAUUACCAAAUGUCGCUUAUGUGCAAACACUUGUCCAGACAUUGGUGUCGUAGUGCACCAUGCAUCGGAGCGCAUUGGUUAACAGUAAAUUCACAAAACUUCCCCUGUUAGUUGCCAUCAAAGAUGUGGAAUGUGCUUUGUCAAUUGUCACUUGCAUGUGCCUGCCAGUGGAAUGAGGGCUACAUGGCUAAAGCAGUGGUGGUGCAUAAAUGGCCUGUAAAUUUGUCAUUUUAAAAUUUCCUGGCCCCCUUCUUGCUGACAUCUGCUUAAAUAAAAACUUUUUGGAAAAUGUAUAAAAAAAAGUUGAUUAAAUGAUUACAAAGCUCACCUUCAGACUUCCUGCCCUCGGCACAAACUGUGUUUUUUGGCAGGUUGGAAUCGCCACUCCAAAAUAGUGAUUUGGCUUGUUUUCUAGUUAUUUUUGGAAGUGUUUAAGGAUUUUUGUGAAAGAACUCCUACAGCCUGUGCUGACUUUCUACAUGCUACCAGGAAGUAGUGUACCUCUGGUUAGAAAGAAAACAAAGAAAGUCUUCCUAGGACAGUUAAGGGACAAUUUUUUAAUGUUUGUAUGCUAUUUGUACAUAUACCUUUUUCCUUAAAAUAAAAACUUUCCAAAAAGUG